UUGUGAGCAGCUUCUCACCAGUCCUGCCUUCAGUAGCUGUAAGGACCUGAUUGCCACAGACUCCUUCAUCAAGGCCUGUGCAGAAGACAUGUGUCACUGUGGCAACAGCAGCAGCAGUGUCACCUGCGCCUGUCCCACCAUGUCAGAGUACUCCCGCCAGUGUGCUCACGCAGGGGGGAAACCCCAGGAGUGGAAGACCGACCAGUUCUGCUUGGAGACGUGUCCUUUAAGCAUGCAGUACCAGGAGUGUGGUAGUCCCUGCACUGAUACCUGCUCCAACCCAAAGAGGAACCAGCAUUGUGAGGAACACUGCACCGACGGAUGCUUCUGCCCUGCUGGAACCGUGUUUGAUGACAUCACUCAGACUGGCUGUGUAGCUGUGAACCAGUGCUCUUGUCUCCACAACGGACAAUCUUACCAGCCUGGACAAUCAUUCUCAAGAACAUGCCACAAAUGUACCUGUAUCCAAGGCCAGUGGAGUUGUAUGGAUCUAGAUUGCCCUGCUACCUGCUCCAUAGUGGGAGGUUCCCACAUCACCACCUACGAUGGGAAAGCCUACACCUUCCAUGGAGACUGCUCAUAUGUCCUGUCCAAGCAAACCAACGAGACUGCUUUCACAGUCCUGGGUGACAUAGUGAAAUGUGGGAAGACGGACAUUGAGACCUGCCUAAGAUCUGUAACCCUGGUCACUCCAGAGUCCACGAUGAUCGUCAUCGAUGCCAGUGGAAGGGUCUUUGUCAACAAGAUGUUUUCUCAGAUGCCGCUUUUCAUGGCUGAUGUAAGGGUCUUUCAGCCCUCUACGUUCUACAUCGUUGUGCAUAGCUCUUAUGGGCUCCGUCUAGAGGUCCAGCUAACACCUAUAAUGCAGGUCUACAUCGUAGCUAGCAGUUCACACAAAGAAAAAACCCAGGGUCUCUGCGGAGACUUUAACGGUGUCCAAGCUGACGACUUCAGAACCAUCAAUGGACUCGUGGAAGGAACCGCUGUGACGUUCGCCGACACGUGGAAGACCAAAGCAAGCUGUCCUGAUGCGGCACAGAACUUUGAGAUCCCAUGCAGUCUGAGUGUAGAGAACGAGAGAUAUGCCAAGCACUGGUGCUCAAUGCUGUCAGAUAGUGAAGGAAUAUUUUCCCAAUGCCACACUGAGAUCAACCCAAAUUACUACAAGGAAAUCUGCCUAUAUGACAGUUGUAACUGUGAGAGGAGUGAGGAGUGCAUGUGUGCUGCGGUCUCCUCCUACGUCCAUGCAUGUGCUGCUGCAGGCGUCCUGCUCAGUGGAUGGAGAAACACCACCUGUGGGAAGUACUCCUCCAGCUGCCCUGACACGAUGGUCUAUGACUACACCAUGACCAGCUGUGACCGCACCUGUCGUUCACUGAGCCAGACAGACUUCACCUGCCAGUUAGACCAUGUGUCUGUGGACGGCUGUGGCUGUGCCGAGGGAACCUACCUGAAUGACCAGGGAGAGUGUGUCCCUGCCUCACGCUGCUCCUGCUACAAUGGAGGCACAGUAGUACCCCCUGGAGAGGUCACCAGGAUCUAUGGGGCUACAUGCUCUUGCAGACAAGGGAAAUUAAGCUGUACUGGAGAACAACAACAUUUAUCCUGUGAAGAACCAAUGGGUUUCUUCAACUGUUCUAGUGCAGGGCCCGGAGCCAAGGGCUCAGAGUGCCAGAAGAGCUGUCAAACACUAGACAGUCACUGUAUCAGUGCAGAGUGUGUGUCAGGCUGUGUAUGUCCUGAUGGUCUGCUGUCUGAUGGAAACGGAGGAUGCAUCAAGGAAGACCUAUGUCCCUGUUCUCACAAUGGAGUCUACUACCAACCUGGACAUGUGCUCAAAGUAGACUGCAAUACCUGCACUUGCGAAGGCAGAAAAUGGCAGUGUACCAAUAAGCAGUGUGAUGGGAUGUGUGCCAUAUAUGGAGAUGGGCAUUUCAUCACUUUUGAUGAGAAAAGGUUCACUUUCAAUGGAGAUUGUGAAUACAUUCUUACUCAGGACUACUGCAGCAACAAUCCAAACGGUACCUUUAGACUGAUCACAGAGAACAUUCCCUGUGGAACCACCGGCACCACCUGUUCCAAGGCCAUCAAGCUCUUCUUGGGGAGCAAUGAGAUCAUACUAGCAGAUGAAUCUGUAAAAGUGAUCAAACAAGAGAACGGGGUUGACGUACCAUACCAGGUCCACUCUAUCGGUCUCUAUGUUGUUGUUGAGGCUGAAAAUGGCCUGAUCCUCAUGUGGGACAAGAAGAAUAGCCUGUUCAUCAAACUCAGCUCUACCUUCCAGGGCCAAGUGUGUGGUCUGUGUGGUAACUACGACGGUAAUGGAAAGAACGACUUCACGUCCAGAAACCAGGAAGUGGUUGUUGAAGCUCUGGAGUUUGGGAACAGCUGGAAAGUGUCACCCAGUUGCCCCAACGCUGAUGUCAUAAAAAACCCAUGCACUUUAAGAUCAUACAGGCAGUCCUGGUCUCUGAAACGCUGCAGCAUCAUCACCAGUAACGUUUUCUCAGCCUGCCACUCACAGGUGGACCCCACGCCAUUCCAUGAUGCCUGUGUGAGGGACUCGUGUGCCUGUGACACUGGGGGAGACUGCGAGUGUUUCUGUACAGCUGUAGCAGCCUACGCCCAGGCCUGUAACGAGGCAGGGGCUUGUAUCAAGUGGAGGACACCAGAUAUCUGCCCUCUGUUCUGUGAUUUCUACAACCCUAUUGGUGAGUGUGAGUGGCAUUAUAAUCCGUGUGGAUACCCCUGUAUGAAGACCUGCAAGAAUCCCUCAGGAACAUGCUCCAGUCAGAUCCCUGCACUGGAAGGUUGCUAUCCAAAAUGUCCUUCGGCCCAGCCUUAUUUGGAAGAAAGUACCAUGAAGUGUGUCAGUAAGAAGGACUGUGGUUGCUACGAUGGAGAUGGAACUCAUUACAACGAUGGAGAGGUUAUACCUUCCAAGGAGAACUGUCAGACAUGUCGUUGUUCAUCAACUGAGGUCAGUUGCAGCUAUGAUGUCCAAGCUUGUUAUUGUUUCUACGACGGCAGAACAUACCCGUAUGGAGCGACCAUAUAUCACACAUCUGACGGUGACGGGACCUGUAUUACUGCCACCUGCAAAGAGAAUGGAACUAUUGUCCGGAUUAUGAACCCCUGUCCCAGCACCCCAACUCCAACAACUACACCAAGUGUUACAACAACACAGAUAUUCACUCAAGCACCGACCACAACAGUAUUUGUUUUCUCAUCUCCUACCACAACCACAACCCAUACCCCUACCCCCACAACAACCCCGACUUCACCAACACCCACUUCACCCACUACUACUCCACACUGCCUGACCAAGACUGUCUGUGAAUGGUCAGACUGGAUUAGCAAAUACUAUCCCUCUGUUGGACCAGAAGGAGGAGAUUUUGAAACCAUAGAAAAUAUAAGGAAAUCUGGAAUUAAUAUUUGUAGCCAACCGAAGGAAGUAGAAUGCAGAGCCAAAGACAACAUCUAUGUUCCUUUGGCCGAACUAGGUCAAAAUGUUGAAUGCAAUCCCUCAAUUGGACUGAUAUGCCGCAACAAGGAUCAAGGCAUCCCACCAAUAUGCUACAACUAUGAGAUCAGAGUCAGAUGUUGUGUUGAUGUUUGUGGCAAUGAGACACCUCCCACCGCAGAAAGGCCCACAACAACCAUUAUAACAUCAACAACUACCCCAACAACAAGAACAACAACAGAAAGUCAAACAACAACAGAACGUCCAACAACAACAACAGAAAUUCCAACAACCACAACUAAGUCAACAACUCCAUCCAUAACAACAAUAGUAACAGACGAAGUUACAACUGGUCCAGAAUCAACAACACCUACCACCACAACAACAACAACAACCACCACAGAAAGUCCAUCAACCACAACUACCCCAACAACAAGAACAACAACAGAAAGUCAAACAACAACAGAACGUCCAACAACAACAACAGAAAUUACAACAACAACCACCACAGAAAGUCCAUCAACCACAACAACAACUAAGACAACAACAUAUUCUCCAACAGGUGAAACAACAGAGGAAAUUACGACUGGUCCUGAAUCAACAACACCUACAACAACCCCUACUACUACCCAAAUAACAACCCCUACCAUUACCCCAAUGACAACCCCUACCAUUACCCCAACUACUACCACAACAACAAUUCAGACGAGGACUACCUCUGAGGUUACAACAACAGCAACCACCAAAGCAUCUACCACAACAACAGCCUUCACUGUAGUCACAAAUCCACCAUACACAAAACCAACAGAAAAGCAAAUCUCAAACUUGACAACACAGACAGAAGAAACUACUACAUCAAACCCAACCACCACCCCUACCAUUACCCCAACAACAACCCCUACCAUUACCCCAAUGACAACCCCUACCAUUACCCCAACGACAACCCCUACCAUUACCCCAACAACAACAACAACAACAGAAAGUCCAACAACAACAACAGAAAGUCCAACAACAACAACAGAAAGUCCAACAUCAACAACAACAACUAUGUCAACAAAAUAUACCACAACAAGUGAAACAACAGAGGAAAUUACAACUGGUCCAGAACCAACAACAACCACAACAACCACUACACCACCACCAACAACAACCACAACAACCACUACACCACCACCAACAACAACCACAACAACCAUUACUUUGACAACAACCCCUUCCACUACGCCCUCAACAACCCCUACUUCACCAACACCCACUUCACCCACUACUACUCCACACUGCCUGACCAAGACUGUCUGUGAAUGGUCAGACUGGAUUAGCAAAUACUAUCCCUCUGUUGGACCAGAAGGAGGAGAUUUUGAAACCAUAGAAAAUAUAAGGAAAUCUGGAAUUAAUAUUUGUAGCCAACCGAAGGAAGUAGAAUGCAGAGCCAAAGACAACAUCUAUGUUCCUUUGGCCGAACUAGGUCAAAAUGUUGAAUGCAAUCCCUCAAUUGGACUGAUAUGCCGCAACAAGGAUCAAGGCAUCCCACCAAUAUGCUACAACUAUGAGAUCAGAGUCAGAUGUUGUGUUGAUGUUUGUAGCAAUGAGACACCUCCCACCGCAGAAAGGCCCACAACAACCAUUAUAACAUCAACAACUACCCCAACAACAAGAACAACAACAGAAAGUCAAACAACAACUACCCCAACAACAACAACAACAGAAAGUCCAACAACAACAACUACCCCAACAACAACAACAACAACAACAGAAAGUCAAACAACAACAACUACCCCAACAACAACAACAACAACAACAGAAAGUCAAACAACAACAACUACCCCAACAACAAGAACAACAACAGAAAGUCCAACAACAACAACUACCCCAACAACAAGAACAACAACAGAAAGUCAAACAACAACAGAACGUCCAACAACAACAACAGAAAUUCCAACAACCACAACUAAGUCAACAACUCCAUCCAUAACAACAAUAGUAACAGAGGAAGUUACAACUGGUCCAGAAUCAACAACACCUACCACCACAACCACAACAACAACCACCACAGAAAGCCCAUCAACCACAACUACCCCAACAACAAGAACAACAACAGAAAGUCAAACAACAACAGAACGUCCAACUACAACAACAGAAAUUCCAACAACCACAACUAAGUCAACAACUCCAUCCAUAACAACAAUAGUAACAGAGGAAGUUACAACUGGUCCAGAAUCAACAACACCUACCACCACAACCACAACAACAACAACCACCACAGAAAGCCCAUCAACCACAACUACCCCAACAACAAGAAAAACAACAGAAAGUCCAACAACAACAACCACCACAGAAAGCCCAUCAACCACAACAACAACUAAGACAACAACAUAUUCUCCAACAGGUGAAACAACAGAGGAAAUUACAACUGGUCCUGAAUCAACAACACCUACAACAACCCCUACUACUACCCAAAUAACAACCCCUACCAUUACCCCAAUGACAACCCCAACUCCACCAACAACAACCCCUACUACUACCCCAACUACUACCACAACAACAAGUCAGACGAGGACUACCUCUGAGGUUACAACAACAGCAACCACCAAAGCAUCUACCACAACAACAGCCUUCACUGUAGUCACAAAUCCACCAUACACAAAACCAACAGAAAAGCAAAUCUCAAACUUGACAACACAGACAGAAGAAACUACUACAUCAAACCCAACCACCACCCCUACCAUUACCCCAAUGACAACCCCUACCAUUACCCCAACAACAACCUCUACC